GCACAACACUGUAUGAUAAGUUGCAAAACUAGAAACGGGAAAGGAUGCAUUGGUCGACUUUACCAGCUUUCCGAGGAGCUUAGUCGUGUCGCUAAGUUGCCGGUAGGUUCGCAUGUUUGCCGGCGACAUUGGGAUACGUUACGAAGAAGCAACUUGCGCUGCUCAUGUCCCAUGCACGAUAAACAACUGCCCUCACGUCUGAACAAGCAACCUAUUCCAAGUCGUUUUUAUCCGGUAUUUGACGAGAUUGGGCUAACAGUGGCAGGAUACCAGCCUGGUACUCGGUGGUGUUACCGGUGCAAGUUGCUCGCCUAUAAGAAAUUUGAAAGCCGUCCUCAAACAAGUAGAAAACCAGUCGAGGAAAAAGCAAAUAGUAGUACAUCCGCCAUCGGCACAGAACAACAACUACAAAAGAUAUUUCAGUUUACGGGAUCCCCUAUUCUACACCUCCAUGAAAUUUUGCAAGAUAUAUCUAUGUCAGCACCUACCAUAUCCCAACUGGAUCAAACAAAGCAACAAUUUUGAAGGCUGUUUUCAAGACUUAAAGCUCUAGCAGACAUAUGUGAUAUUCAUCUCCUGGAAACAUGGAAAGAGCUGCAAACUCCCCUAGGUACCAUCAAAAUUGCCCCAAAUGGCAACGUGUUAAUGGAUAGUCAAGUAUGGGACCAAAUAAA